GGUUCCUACCUUUGAUGUGUGAAAAGAUGGUGACCUACUGAUAACGAAGUUCUGUGACAAAAAUUGUGAAUGUUGAAGAACUUUUAUCGUAUAAACAUUAAUAGCCUUAAAAAUAGGCAAUGUAUUGGUUACAUUUUCAAGAAUUUAUAAUAAAUACAUCUGUAUGUAUUAUGUAAUUAUUUGAAUAUUUUAAUUCCAUCAUUUAGAAAGAGAAUAUCAAUAGCAAUAGUGUUUUUAGUACAUGAAAGACAUCAACUUUUUUAAACCGUAUUGCUUUAUACAAUAUUGUAAUGUGAAAUUUAUAUAUAAAUAGUAAAAAAAUUAUGAAUUUUCAAAAAAUAUAUUAAAUUUUACUAAAUUGUAUACAAUGUCUCAUUGUGACGAAGAAGUGGCAUCAUCUGGUUUUCACCAAUUGAGUAUUACAAUUGAAGGUGCUAUAUUAAGAAGUUCUACAUUUUUAAAGCCUAAUCCUUAUAUAGAAUUUUCUGUUGAUGAUAAAAGUCCCCGAAAGACAGAAGUUUCGAAAUCUACAUAUCAACCAAAAUGGAACGAGGAAUUUACAAUACUUGUAACUCCACAUUCACAAUUACAUUUUCGAUUAUUAGAUCAUAGUACUUUCCGAAAAGAUACUUUAAUAGGAGAAAAAAAAAUAAGUCUCUCUCAAGUAUUGUCUCAUUAUAAUGGAAAAUUAGAAAAUAUGGAAGUAACAUUUGACUUAAUGAGUGAAAAUAAACAUGAUUCUCAAUUAUGUAAAGUUGGAGAAUUAAUAACAGUAUUUGAUGGAUUAAGAAUCAAUAUGCCAAAUACAUCAUCAAGCAUUAAUGAAUCACCAUCAUGUCAAACACAAUCUGCUUGCAUACCUUUUGAUAGUGUUUCAAAUAAUGAUGCUAUUAGUAAUAGUAGCAUUCUUAAUGGAGGGAUUCGAGCACGUAUGAGAUUACAUGAAGCUAAACAUGCAUCAUCUAAUUUUCAUGGAACAUUGUCAAAUAUUUAUCAAAACUCUACUUAUAAUAGUGGAAGUGAGCAAACUAAUACUAAUAAAAACAAUGAACAAAUUGAGCCUGUUGCAUCAAAUUCUUUAUCAAAUGGACAUGCAAUAUCACCUGCAGAUAAAUCUAUUGUAUCUUUAUCAGGACGUUUUGUCGCAUCUUUGCCAGAUCGUCAAACGUCUCGAAUAGAACAUGUAUCAACAUCUGGUAUAAUAGAUGGUAUAAGAGUUGGUUCAUGUACAGAACAAUUUCCAAAAGUUUCUGCCUCAGAAAGUCGUAAUAUUUCCCAAAUUGAACAACCGACAGUAUUGUCUGGAACAGUUGGAAUAUCUAGAUCAGAUCAAUUAACUACUAAUACAGAUAUAUGUUCACAUAAUAGAACAGAACAAUCUCUCUCUAAUGAACGUAACAUUCGAACAGAACAAUCAGUAACUAGUUCUCUUUCAGAUAGUUAUGGAAAUAUGAGAACAGAUCAGGAUACUCCUUUAAUGGAUGGAUUUAUAGUUUCUAGAGUAGAUCAAUUUAGAAAUCCUGUUUUAACUGAUAAUCAAGGACAUUCUCAGACAGAGCAAUCUGUAGUAUUUACUUUACCAGAUGGUUCUCAUUUAGAACAACCUACAGUGUUUCUUAUGACAGAUAAUCGUGGAAUAACACGUUCAGAUCAAUCUUCAAUAUUAUCCAUGGGUGAAUCACGUAGGACUACUCAUAAUGAACAAUAUACAAAUCCUACAACUACACGCUCAAAUCCUCGUGUAGUACAACGGGUAGCUUCAUUAUCAGGAUCAACUAACAUGCUACCUGGACAAUCAACUCAAUCUGGAUCUUCAAUUGUACUUGCUGAAGUUGAUCCUACAAAUCAUUCUGAAGAGCCAUUACCUCCUGGUUGGGAAAUGAGAUAUGAUAUUUAUGGAAGAAGAUAUUAUGUUGAUCAUAAAACACGAAGUACUUCUUGGGAAAGACCACAACCUUUACCACCAGGCUGGGAAGUUCGUAGAGAUCCCAGAGGCAGAAUUUAUUAUGUAGAUCAUAAUACAAGAACCACAACAUGGCAAAGACCAAAUACAGAAAGAUUACAACAUUUUCAGCAUUGGCAAGGUGAAAGACAGCAUGUUGUACAACAAGGAAACCAACGAUUUCUCUAUCCUCAAGCACAUGGAAAUCAAACUAUUAUAGCAGGACCCUCAACAUCAUCUAUGGUUGAUGAUGAUGAUGCUCUAGGACCAUUACCUGCUGGAUGGGAAAGACGUAAACAGCCAGAAGGAAGAGUUUAUUAUGUAAAUCAUAAAAAUCGUACAACACAAUGGGAAGAUCCAAGAACACAAGGACAAGAAACUGGAAUUGAUGAACCACCAUUACCAGAUGGCUGGGAAAUACGAUUAACCGAAGAUGGAGUUCGAUAUUUUGUAGAUCAUAAUACGAGGACAACUACAUUUCAAGAUCCAAGACCUGGCGCACCUAAAGGUCCAAAAGGUGUUUAUCGUGUACCAAGAGCAUAUGAAAGAUCAUUUCGAUGGAAAUUAUCACAAUUUCGCUUUUUAUGUCAGACCAAUGCAUUACCGAAUCAUAUAAAAAUUAGUGUUAAUCGACAAACGCUGUUUGAAGAUUCUUAUCAUCAGAUAAUGAAUGCUGAAGCUUUUGCAUUAAGACGUAGAUUAUAUAUAAUAUUUAAAGGAGAAGAAGGUUUAGAUUAUGGAGGUGUAUCAAGAGAAUGGUUUUUCUUAUUGAGUCACGAAGUGUUAAAUCCAAUGUAUUGUUUAUUUGAAUAUGCUAAUAAGAGUAAUUAUAGCUUACAAAUUAAUCCAGCAUCUUAUGUUAAUCCUGAUCAUUUACAGUAUUUUAAAUUUAUUGGAAGAUUUAUAGCAAUGGCUCUUUAUCAUGGACGUUUUAUCUAUAGUGGAUUCACUAUGCCAUUUUAUAAACGUAUGUUAAAUAAAAAAUUGAUUAUGAAAGAUAUAGAAUCUAUUGACCCAGAAUUCUAUAAAUCUCUUGUAUGGAUAAAAGAAAACAAUAUUGAUGAAUGUGGCCUCGAAUUGUAUUAUAGUGUAGAUUUUGAAAUUCUUGGCCAAGUAAUACAUCAUGAAUUAAAAGAGGGUGGUGACAAAAUUAGAGUUAUUGAAGAAAAUAAAGAAGAAUAUAUUAGGUUAAUGACAGAAUGGAGAAUGACAAGAGGUAUAGAGGACCAAACUAAAGCAUUUUUAGAAGGUUUUAAUUCUGUUGUACCAUUAGAAUGGUUAAAAUAUUUUGAUGAACGUGAAUUAGAACUUAUGCUUUGUGGUAUGCAAGAAAUAGAUGUAGAAGAUUGGCAACGCAAUACAAUUUAUAGACAUUAUACACGAAAUAGUAAACAAAUUUUGUGGUUCUGGCAGUUCGUGAAUAGAACAGAUAGCGAAAAACGAGCUCGACUUUUACAAUUUGUAACAGGUACUUGUCGAGUACCUGUUGGAGGAUUUGCAGAAUUAAUGGGGAGCAAUGGCCCUCAAAGAUUUUGUAUAGAGAAAGUAGGAAAAGAUACAUGGUUACCUAGAUCACAUACAUGUUUCAAUAGAUUGGAUUUACCACCAUAUAAAAGUUAUGAUCAACUAGUAGAAAAGUUAAAUUAUGCAAUUGAAGAAACAGAAGGUUUUGGCCAAGAAUAAUUAAAUACUUAAAUAUAAUAUAUUACUAUAUAUGAGAAGUGAUGAAAGUUAGUGUAGUACAAGAUUUUAAUGAUUUGAUUUAUCUUGUUUACGAUAACAAGAUAAAAUUGUUAAGUAAGAAUUUUUUUAAAUUAAUGAAUUGAAAAUGUUUGUAUUAAACUUUUAUAAGAAAUUCUGAUAUUAAUUUUAAUUGAAAAUUUAUUUCAAAGCAUACUUUUUUAUUUUAUAUAUAUAUAUAUAAUAUAUAUAUAAUAUAUAUUACAAUUAUAUAUAUAUAUAUUACAUAUAAUUAUAUAUAUAUAUAUUACAAUUAUAUCUAAAUAUGUAAAAUUCGUAGAAAAUAUCAAUGAAAUGCACAGAAAAUAUUUAAAAAAUUGUAUAUAUUUACAAAGUAAAACUUAUACAAUUAAUAAAUCAUAGAAAUAAUAAAAUAAAAGCAAAGAUGCCAAAAUAAUUAUCUUAUAAUUGAUUUUUUUUUUUUAAGAUUAACCUUAUCUAAUUUUCAUUAUGUUUCAUUAAUAAUUAUAAUGAAAUAAAUCAUGUUUUUAAUUGCUGUUUAUUAUUGAUGCUUUCUACGAUAUUUAAUAACAUUCCCUAAUAAAGGGUUUGAAAAUUAUAUUAAGUGCUGUACAUAUUAAGCUAUAAAUAUAUUGUAUUUUAUGUGACAAAUCAAUAAUAACGAUUUCAUGUUUUGUCCUAAGAAGGUAUAAAAAAUUGCAUUAAAAACUUUGUAGAUAGAUUGAAAAAUGGAAAAUUCUAGAUUUAAAAAUGGUUUUUUGUAUGAAAUUAAAUAAUUUAUAUAAUUUUUAUCAUAUAAAUUUAUAAAAAUAUAUGAUUUGUAUAUUUUUAGUUGAUUUUUUUAUUAUUUGAAAUAUUAUAAACAAACUUUUUUUUUAUUAUUUGAAAUAUUAUAAACAAAAAAUAAUAGCUUUUGUUAUAAAAAUCAUGUUGCAACUAAUAUUUAUAAAUUAUUAACAUUUAUUAUUUGAUAUUCGUGAUAAAUGAAAUUCAUUUAAUAAUAAAUAUAACCAUUUCUUUUUUUAUUAUUUCUAUAACUAUUUCUAUUAUCAUAUCGUGAAUCAUAUGAUUAAAGUUUUUUAAAUUUUCAUUAUUUACAGUUGUUAUUUAUACGACUGUAUAAAAUUUCAUAUUAUUUGUUCUCAUUUUUAUAUAUUUUAUCUCUUUCAAUUUAAAUUUUGUUCUCUUUUACUUUUCUUUUGCGCAUAAUAAAUUAUAUCUAUCUUGAUUUUUUUAUAAUUCUAUAGCAUUAACUUGAAUAUUUUUUGGUUCUAAAUAAAAAGUAUUAUAUUAUCAGAUUUAAUUAAAUUUUAGAUAAUAUUUUAAAUAUAUUUUAAAUAUAUAUUUGACGCAACAAUAUCAUUUUUCCGAAAAUCUAUUAUUUAUUUGAAAUCAAUUGGAAAUUUUUAAUAUUAUAGUUACUAUUGUUUAAUCAUUAAAGUAUUUGAUAUUUUUUUCAUUGAUAUUUGAAAUAAUAACUUAGGAUCAUAAACAUGAAAUUUAUAUUUAAUAUUUUUAAUAAUAAUUUGUGUGUGCAUAUAUAUGCUCAUAUAUGUAUAAAUAAAUUGUAAUUAAUGUAAGAAAUAAUUAAUACAUUUAAUAAAAUGUAUGCAAAAAUAUAAAAUAUAUAUAUAUGUACACAUAAAUUACAUUCAUGAAAUGUAUAUUUUGACAGUAAUAUAAUAAAAUAUAUAUAUAUAUAUAUGUGAAAAAAUUUAUAAUAUAAAAAUCAGUUUGCUUAUGUAUUGGCUAAUUAGUUAAAAUAAAUAUAAAUAUUUGUAAUAUAACUUCUGUAUAAUGCAUAUUCUAAAUUUUGUAAUUCAAUAUAUAUAAAGUAUACAUGCUAUAGCAUACGUAUAUGAAAGUAUUUACUGUUUUUUUCCUAAGAAUAUUCGUAUGUAAAUUUUUAAUUAAAUGAAUAUGUAUUUUAUUUCUUAUUAUUUUUAUUAUUUCAAUAUAACAAUAGAUAUCUAUUAUUUAUUAUGAAUAAUUUGAUAAGUUUUUUAUUAUAAUAACUUUUAUUAUAAUAAACAUAUUUUAAUUAUAUUUUAAAAGAUGUAUAAAAAAUAUCGUUCAUAAGAUAAAAAGUUUCAUAAAGAAUUUUUUAGUUAAAUUUAAUAAAUUUUUUAACUAAAUUUAAUUUUAUUUUUUAUUUUUUAAAAUUAUACUUAUUAAUAUUUAAAUUGUACAUUUUUUAUAUAUUCUGGAUAUCAAAAUUGCUGAUAAUUUUUUUUACAAUUUAAGAUAAAACAAAAACAAAUUGCUUCAUUUAAAUAUAAAUUAAAAUAUAAAUCACAGAUAAUGAUAUUUAAAUAACAUAAAUAAAAGUUACACAUAUUUUGUCAUGUCAAUUAACAUUUCGCAAUAAUAAUUCAUAUAUAUGAAUUCAUAUUGUACAUAUGUAAAUAAAAAACAAAUGAUACGCAAAUAUUAAAUAAAUAAAUAUCAAUAAUUUGUAUUUAUAUAAUAUAUUAUAUAAUUAUAUUAUAUAAUUAAUUAUAAUAUUACUAUUACAUUCAAUAAAAUAAUAUAUAUCAUAACAUUUAUUUAUAUUAUACAUCAUAAAUUAACAAUUUAAAUCAACUGAAUAUCUUAAAAGUUAAAAAAUUAUUUGCUAAGCUUAAUUAUAAUUAUUAAAUUAAGAUAUUAAUUUUAUGAAAUAUUGCAUAUAUUAUUUUUCUUGGAAAAUUUAUAUAAUAAAAUUUAUAUAAGAAAAAAUACAAUAUGCAUACAAAAUAUAAAAUAAUUCUGUUUCUAUACAUGAAAUUAAAACAUAAAAAAGAAAGAAAUUAUUUUUGAUCACUAUAUGCAUUAACAUAUUCAUAAUUAUUUUAUAAACACUUAAACAGAUAUACAUAUUUAUACAUAGAAUGAAUUUUUAUUAUAUAUUACUGAAAUAAUUUUAUUACAUAUUAUGUAAAUUAAAUUAGUUUAUAUUUUUGUUUAACAACAAUACCAUACAUGUUAUUAUCAUUUACUAUAUUUUUAUUAUAAACAUUUUUACUAUAGAAAAUUACUAUAGAAUAUUUAAAUUUUACUUAAUUUUAUCAUAAUUUUGGAUUAGGUUUAAAAAAUUUAUCCCAAGAAAAGAAAUUUAAAUCACUAUCAAGAAAAUUACUAUUUUCAUUUGAUGAUAAUUUUUUUUUUCCAAAUAAAUCACCUGAAAUUUAUAUAAUUAUAAUUUUUUAAACAAGAAUUAAUUAAUGAAAUUAAAAAACGAUUUUUUGAAAAAUUGUAUAAAUUUCAAUACAUUAAUAAACAUAAUACAAAUAUUUUCUAAAUUUUUUUUUAUAAAUAAGUUAAUAUAUUUUUAUAAAAAAAAAAUUAACUUAGAAAAUUUUUUAAUUCUGUAAAUCUUAUUAUAAGUUAUAAAUACAGAAAUAUUUUGUCUCUUCAAUGUCUCAAAAUUUUGUAAAUUUCUGAUUUAAUCAUUAAAAAAAAUAAUUCUAAUAAUAAAUAACUUUUUUUUUAAAUUUUCAAUUAAUCAAUAUCCUAAAAUUAUAACUAAAACAAAUUGAGAAAAGUGUUCCAAUGAACACAUAUCUAGUCAUCCAAUAAUAUUAAAAUAAUAUAUUUAAAAAUAAUAUAAUUGUUAAUAAGAUUAAAUAUAAAAAUAUUAAAUAUAUUUUUUUAUUAGAAAAUAUAAUAUUAAAACAAGAAUUUAUAUUAUUUUCCUGAACCCUUCAUAAAUUUAUUACUUACAUUCAUUUACAUCACAAAAUUCUUCUG